AUGGCCUCCUCAAAGAUAAUUGAAGCAAGCCUUAAAUUGAACGACGGUAAUAAAAUCCCAGUUGUUGGUCUUGGAACUUGGCAAGCAUCUGAGAAGGGGCAAGCUUAUCUGUCAGUAUCAUGUGCUUUGAAAGCAGGUUACAGGCACAUUGAUACAGCUUCUGGCUAUGAAAAUGAAGCUGAGGUCGGAAUGGCCAUUCGUGACUCCAAAAUACCCAGAGAAGAGAUCUUUUUAACUACUAAAUUAUGGUGUCAAGACCAUAAGAGGGCGAGUAAAGCUUUAGAUGAAUCACUUGAAAAAUUGGGUCUCGAUUACGUUGACCUUUAUUUAAUGCAUUGGCCCGUGCCAUUGAAUCCAUCCAAUGAAAGUAAGUUUUCGAUAUUGCCCAACGGUAAGAAAGAUAUUCCUCAAGAUUGGACCUUCUUGGACACUUAUAAAUCUAUGCAAAAAUUAGUAGGUACGGGUAAGGUCAAAUCAAUUGGAGUGUCAAAUUUCUCUAUAAAGAGACUUGAAGAGCUUUUAUCCGAUGAUGAGUUAACCAUUACUCCAGCAGUUAACCAAGUAGAGGUUCAUCCACUUCUACCUCAGGAUAAACUAAUUGAAUAUUGUCACGAGAAGGGAAUUAUUGUCGAAGCAUACUCUCCUUUAGGAUCUCAUGAUUCUCCUCUUUUCAAGAAUAAAACUAUCGUAGAGGUUGCAGAACGGAACAAUGUGACAACUGCACAAGUUUUGAUAGCAUGGGGUGUUCAUAGAGGUACUGUUGUCUUGCCAAAAUCUGUCACACCCUCUAGAAUCAAGUCCAACAUAUUGCAAAUAAGUUUACCUGAGGCUGAAUAUAAAGUUCUUGAUAAAAUGCCAACUGUUUAUGGUAUUAAGAGAACCUGCAACCUUACAUUUAACGAUAUUGUCGUUUUUAACGAUGAUGAUUAG